AUGGAUCUUACAAGAGCUCAUACUCUGGGCAUAGGAAAUUACCGAAACUUUCAGGAGCGGCUUGGGACAGUAGUUGAUCCCACAUUGUCAACUAUCUUCUCGUUGGCGCUGCAAACUAUUUGUACCGCGAACCUUAUUCAUCGGAUGUAUGAUGACACUGCAGGAGCUCAUACUCUGGGCAUAGGAAAUUACCGAAACUUUCAGGAGCGGCUUGGGACAGUAGUUGAUCCCACAUUGUCAACUAUCUUCUCGUUGGCGCUGCAAACUAUUUGUACCGCGAACCUUAUUCAUCGGAUGUAUGAUGACACUGCCCUCAUUUUUGACAAUCAGUACUUCAUUGACAUCCAAAAUGGGAGAGGACUGCUCAAGAUUGAUCCUAAGAUUGCAAGAGAUCCAAGGACAAUGCCUCAUGUAAUUAGGUUUGGGAAUGACAUGCAGCGGUUUUUCAAUAAGUUCUUUUCUGGGUUUCUGAAGCUAUCAAGCCACAAGGUUUUAGGUGGAGAAGAGGGAGAGAUUAGAAGGGACUGUAGGUACAAAAAUAACUAG